GAGAGAGCAUGGUGGCGUGGUUCAGUGUUGGGUUGUCCCACGUCGCGGCAACAAGCAGGGUCAAGUAAGCGGGGAGCAGCGCGCAGGUUGGUCGGCACACUGACACACUAGUCAGUCUCCGUAGCAGCCCUGCGGCAGACUCGUUGACAGGUAGAGAUGGAAGUUAGUGACCGCGUGUCCAGUUAAUCAAAGUAAUGAGUAAUGUUACAAAAGUUAGUCGCCGCGUGCUAAGGUAAAUUGACAAGAGCAAUACCUGACUGCAAUAUCCGAGUGUAGCUGCAACUUGAGAGAGAAAAGCUCGUAAAAUUUCGUUACUCAUUAUAAAUCACGGUGCUUUAACUCGACACUGAGAAAUGAGUGCGUCGUGGAUUCCGCGGAGUGUCUGUCUGUGUGUGUGUUGCACCAGGAAUACGUGAAGCAAUCACAACUUUUAACACACACGCAUAAAGUUUGUAAGAUGCCAGCUGACGUACACGUGUCAGACCCUCUGUGGUGCAUGAGUCCUGAAGCUCGCCUGUCAUCUCUGCUCUGUUAAUGUAUCGCAUCUAGAACAAGUGGAGCAACAAAUACACAAACCACGCAGCGGUACAUGUAACAUAAGUAAGCUGUACAUCUUGACAACGACACUGAAAAACAAAACAAACAAACAAGACAAACUGCUAUAAACCUUGAAAAACAAAGUAAAUAUAUAACACGUAAACUACAAAAGUGACAACACAAAGCGCAUUAAAAAAGAUAAAAAAUACUGGAACGAACAAAUUGAAGAGGAGGAAACAAGAAAUAUUCACGUCAGUAUUGAAGAAAAAGCUUUCCUCUGCUGCGGCCUGAGCGGGGCGGCGCGUCACUGAGGGCCUCGGGGAGCGGCAGCUGGCGGAGGCUGGCCGGGCUGGUUGGAGGGGCGAGGUGGUAACCAUGUGGCCGCUACUCCACUACAGCCCACUGGGAACCGACACCUGCUCCACCCACACCCAGCCCAACGUCCCCAUCAAGACACACCACGCUCACAGUGAGAGUUCAUCCCUCAUCUGACCCACAGUGACCGCCACACAGACACACACACCCAUACUGUGAACCCAUGGACUACCACAGCCAAUCCCCCUCCACCAUCUAUGUUUCAACCACGCCCGCUCCUUCCGAUGCCUCCUAUCUUGAAUCACGCACCGUCCCUACCACUCACACCACACCCACGUCAGCAUCCACCACACCCACGGCUACGGAAUGCGCGAGGCACUUCAUAUCUGACCUGGCAAGCAAUGCAUCUGUCAGACUCCUGCAGCCGCCACCCCCCGCCGGGCCCUGCAAUGUGACACUCCUGGACGAGGCGGGAGGCAGCGCCGAACCCUUCCUGUUUGACCGCGGGGACGUGCGGGGCGUGCUCAUCACUCUGUACACCGUGGUCUUCAUCACAGGAUUUGUAGGCAACCUCGUGGUGCUGCUGGUGAUGUGGGUGCACCCCCGCAUGCGAUCCACCACCAACUUCUUCCUCACCAACCUGGCUAUCGCGGACUUCUGCGUCACUGUGUUCUGCGUCUACCAGAACCUCUCGCUCUACCUCGCCCAAACGUGGGUAUUCGGUGACUUCCUGUGUAAGAUGUACAAUUUCGUCAACUACCUGAGCUACACCGCCUCCGUCAUGAUCCUGGUGGUGAACUGCGUGGAGCGAUACGUGGCCAUCAUGUGUCCCUUCAGAGCCAAGACAUUGCUCCGCCAUCGCAACCUGGUGAUGCUGUUGGUGGUGGUGUGGGCUGGCAGUGGCGUGUACUGCUGCCCUCGCCUCCUGUACUUCCGGGCAGGUUCCCACGAGCUGCCUGGCUCGCAGUACACGGAAGUGAUCUGCUUGCCUGACCGUGAACUGUACGACUCCCGCACCUUCGAUACCAUCAACUUUGUGUUACUGUACGUGAUGCCGCUGUCCGUCAUGUCGCUGCUGUACUGGCGCAUCGGUCGCUAUCUGUGGGUGAACGGCCGCCAGAUCGAGGAGGCGAGGCGCUCCACCCAGGCCCCGAUGGCGCGCCCUAGCACGCUGGGUCCCCAGGCGCCGUGCUGCCUGUCCGCUAUCAAGGAGAACGCCAUUAAGAACCAAACCUCGCGGUCGCGGUCGCGGGAGGACGGGCAGGUGCCGCACAGCGCUGCGGGCUCCAGCAGCUCCAUUGGCUGUUACUCUACAGCGGCGUGGCGACGGCGAUGGCGUCACCCUGGGGAGAGCAUCUCUAUGGGGCCCUACCACUCUGAACGCCUCAUCAGGACGUGGCGCAAGGUGGUAAAGCUGCUGGUGGCGGUAGUGUUGUGCUUUGCCCUCUGUAACCUACCCUUCCACCUGCGCAAGAUGCUCACCUACUACCAUCCCGCCUACAAGCCCACCACGGACGCCGCCCUCAUGUUCACGCCGCUUUCCAACCUCCUCAUGUACCUCAACUCCGCCCUCAACCCCAUCGUGUACUCCUUCAUGUCGCACAACUUCCGCGCCUGUGUGCGUGACGUGCUGACCCGCUACACGCGGCGCGGCAUGCGGCGCCACCUGUCAGGCCCACAGCGACCAGCAGCCCAUCCCCAGCGACAUGACCCACCACUGCACAUCCUUGCCGCCGCCCCACAUCCGCAUCCGCACCCGCACCCGCACACACACACGCUCACACGCCCACACCCAUGCUCCAUGUCACACCCACGCCUCGAUGACCACCACCCGUAAAUUGACACACGAGUUUCUCUCUCUGUCUCUGUCUCUCUCUCUCUCUCUCUCCAAAGGGAAAAAUAUUCGGGUAAAAGCAAUAUGAGGCCAUUCUCAAAAGUUUACAACUAUCCACUCUCGUCACAAGUCGAUCUUGAUAGCUACUCUCAUUAAAUCGCUUAUGCCGUAAAAAAGAGAAAAAAGGGAAUAGGUAAAGUGUCCCAAAGAUUACAAAUAGAAAUAAAUCGAGAGUGAAGAUACUGAUUAACUCGUGCAUCAGUAAGGAGGACAAGCAGGGAUGCGUGAAUAGAAAGCAUUGUCACUAUCCUUUGACUUUUUUUUAUCUCUUGGAUUUUGAAAAGUACAUCACAGCCACGACGCUUGUACGUAUGUGGGUUCAGGAUGGAGCUAGAGAGGCGAGGCGUGUGUGGGAAGGAGGGUGGUGUGGAUGGAUCCACUCGCCAGGAGAUAGAGAGAAGGUUUGUGGUUGCGGUGGGAGAUGUGCUUGUAUGGGUGUGGGUGAGGAAGGUGCGGAGCAUCAAGCACAUUGGAGAAGGUAAGGUUGAUUCGAUGUGGCAACGCCUUACUGGAGCAGCAAAAGGACGACUACGUAAAAUAUGAUGCCUAAAUUUGUAAAAUUUCAUAGUGUUAUCAAAAAUAAAAUGAGCAAAAUGAUGGUGUCUCCAUGAAGGGUUUAGCUGGUCUGGUGAGGCAAUCACCAUCCCAACUAUCACUGGUGUGGGUACACUGUUGGUAUGUAGGGCAUGGUACACGACAACCUUUCUGAAGGAGGCUGAUUUCUAGGCAACGGUAAUGAAUUAAGAAUACUUGCAGAAUAAAGAAAAUUUCAUAAAUUAUAUAAAGAAAAAUCAAACAACACUUGCCACAUUAAUGAAUAAAAAGCAAGAUUAUAUAAAGUACAAAAUACAAAACUGGAGGAAGAGAUUGUGCCGGCAGAUGGAAAGACCUCUGAGGCAGGUGGAAAGACACUGAGAGCCCCGGUGAACCAAGAGUCACCCACUGAGCUACCGUCAUUUUGUCGCUUCGGGUCACAAGAACACGGCAACGCUGCAACAUGCCCUCUACUGCUGCCAUCACUCGCUGACACGUCUGCACCAAGGACUCUCCACCAUAUGGAAAAACACUACUGGC